UCACUAAUACCUCACCCGUCAUCUGAGUUAUCCAUUCUAUCUCGUGAAUAUUAUGUAGAAUUCUUUAUCUUACUAAAGUCACUAAUACCGCACCCGUCAUCUGAGUUACCCAUUCCAUCUC